AUCGACGAAGACCGGAGAAAAUGGCGAAACCGUUGGGAACCACCGGGGAAUUUUUCCGGCGAAGAGAUGAAUGGAGGAAGCAUCCGAUGCUAUCGAAUCAAAUGAGACAUGCACUUCCAGGUCUCGGAAUCGGUGUUGCCGCCUUCUGCGUUUAUCUCGUCGGUGAACAGAUCUAUAGCAAACUCAUGGCUCCUUCUUCUCAAUCAUCGCAUCAGAAACAACCUGCUCCGUCUCACUGAGAUAGAGAUUAGAUUGUUUCGAUGAUAAAACCGUGGCGGAUAAAGAGCUGAGGGAUUCACAAUUUGCUGUGUUUUUCUUGGAUUGUCUCAAUAAGCUGUGAAUGAAAGACAACGACUUUGAUCUCUCUGUUGAAUGUUAUAUUCUUGUAUGACAGUUUCCAGUGUGGUUUCGUUAUGUGUUGUCUUUGCUUAAUAAGAAUUCUUAUGCAAU